CUGUCUCAAAUUCUUGUUUACCUCACAUUUGGACAAUUUUUUUUUUUAUAGAAUAGACAUUUUUAGCUGUGAAUAAAGUACAUUUGAAAUCGAUGGAAAGGAAAAUAUCAAAGAAGUCUUCAUUAAAGCAUAAUGUGUCAAAGAAAUUAACAGGAACGACGACAGAUUUCUUACGGAGAAAUAUAAUGUGAAAUGUUGACAUCUUUUCUCCAUUCCGGGUACUUUUCCUGAUCCCUCUAGACUCCGUCAUUUCUAACCGUGUAUUGAAACCUGGCACACUAGAGAUUCUUUGAAGAUGGAACCUAUAAAGAAAGUUUUCCUUGUCCUCGGCUUGUCUGUUCUGCUUGGCAUAUUCAUUUUGGGAUGUCUCGCAACCCUUGAAGAUAGAAGAUUCGUUUACAUUGCUCCCACAAUCAAGAGAAAUACAGCGAUUAAUACACAGGUCACGUUAUCCACCGUCAAAAAUGGUUCCAGGGAUACUAUAAUUUUAUGGUAUAACAUUCCCUCUUAUUUAAGGUCGUACGUAAAGUAUUCCAAAACGAAAAAAUGUGAGAAUGUCAGAUCAAACUGCGUUUUGUCAAUGGAUAACUCCGAUCUCCAUAAGAGUAGCGUUGUGAUUUUCACCCAUUCAUCUCUACCAGGUUCUCCUCCCACGAAGUCUAAAUCUCAGAUCUGGAUGUUUAAUUCUCUGGAAAACAAAGCUUAUACACAGAGGCCCAGUCCCGCAUGGAAAAAUAAAUUCGAUUGGAUAAUGUCUUAUCGUAGAGAUGCUGACGUUUCAAGACCCUACGGUAAAAUCAUAAGACCGGACAAAAGUAUAGAAAGAAAUUAUUCUGAGGUUUUUCGUCAGAAAACAAAAUUCGGUGUUUGGAUGUCUGGUCAUUGCCCUGUUCCAUCUCGUCGUAAAGAAUACAUCGAAAAACUGCAGAAGUACAUUGAUAUUGACACGUUUGGAGCAUGUGGGAAGAAAAAGUGUGGGACUCGAACCGUCUUUAAAAAUGAUUGUUUAAAGAAUCUGGCUCGGGAAUAUAAGUUUUAUUUUUCUUUCGAGAAUAACAUUUGUAGGGAUUAUUCCACAGAAAAAGUAUUUAGCAUAUAUAAAUAUGAUUUCAAUCUAAGCAUCAUACCGGUAAUAAAUGGUCCACCCCAAGCAAGUGAAUAUUUACCCAAGGGAACCUUCUUAAGCACAUUGGAUUACACCUCUCCAGAAUCUUUGGCAAAAAAGCUCAAGGAAAUUGGAUCCAGUGAAAGUUUAUAUACUCAAUAUCUGAAAGAAAAGGAUAAAUAUUCUUCGCCAGAUGAACCUGAGAUUUUUCGACAAGCGAUAUGUAAUGCUUGCCAAAAACUAGAUCAGAUUGGAGGGGAAACAGUUUCGCCUAAACCGGAUGUGAUGGACAUCUAUAAAACUGAAUGUUAAGUUAUACCCGGUUUAUCCUGUUGUGACAUGUUUUGAGUUGUGUUUAAACAAAAUACAUCUCACUUUUACAUACGUGUUGAUAAUUAUGAUAAACUACAUGUGAUCUCGAUUGUCUCUUAUUUUUGUUCAUUAAAUACUCUUUUCAUUGCUUAAUUUGCUGCGGGUCUGUAGCUUCCGGUCUGAAAAAAAAAUUGUGUGGAAACCAGAUCGACAAUAUCCGAUUUUUUUUUAGACCGGAAGCGACAAACCUGCAGCUAUUUAUUGCUACGGAUAUAAUGUGCCACUUUCACUUGUUUUGUGGACAAGCAGUGCCUUCUACCCACUGUGCGACACUUGUUAAAUACUUUCCAUCUGUU